CCAAUUCAUACACAAACUCUCUCCUCUCUCGAUCUCUAUCUCUAUCUCUUUCUCUGCCUUCCCCUCUUCUAUUUAUUCCCCUCCUAUACCCAUCUCUGGUCCAUCAAGAUACUCCAAGAUGGCCGGAGAAGGAGAGCUCAAGGCUUCUUUGUUGAAAAAGACAGUGGAGAACGGCAGAGAUGAGGAGGAGGAGGAUGAGUUGGGGAUGAAGGAGAAGGUUUGGAUCGAGUCAAAGAAGCUAUGGGUUGUGGCGGCUCCGGCGAUCUUCACGAGGUUCUCUACGUUCGGUGUUUCAAUGAUAAGUCAAGCUUUCAUCGGACAUCUUGGCCCGACCGAGUUGGCCGCUUACUCCAUUACCUUCACUGUUCUCCUCCGUUUUAGUAAUGGUAUCUUGCUAGGUAUGGCCAGUGCACUAGAAACACUAUGUGGUCAAGCCUACGGAGCCAAACAAAACCAUAUGCUCGGGAUCUACCUCCAAAGGUCAUGGAUAGUCCUCACAGGUUGUACCAUUUGUCUCACGCCCGUCUACCUCUUCGCUGGCCCUAUCCUCUUAGCUUUAGGUCAAGAGGAACAUAUUGUCCGUGUGGCUCGGAUCAUAGCUCUGUGGGUCAUAGGCAUAAACUUUUCUUUCGUGGUUUCAUUCACUUGCCAAAUGUUUCUCCAAGCUCAGAGCAAGAACAAGAUCAUUGCCUACGCGGCUGCUGUCUCUUUAGCGGUCCAUGUCUUCCUCUCUUGGCUCCUAAUGGUUCAUUUCGAUUUUGGUAUCACUGGUGCUAUGACCUCGACGCUAGUUGCAUUCUGGUUGCCUAACAUUGCGCAGCUCAUGUUCGUCACGUGCGGUGGGUGUAAAGACACAUGGAGAGGAUUCUCUAUGUUGGCUUUCAAAGAUUUAUGGCACGUCUUUAAACUAUCUAUGUCUUCUGGUGGAAUGCUUUGCUUGGAGUUAUGGUACAACUCGAUCUUGGUUCUACUCACGGGAAAUUUGAAAAACGCAGAGGUGGCUCUUGAUGCACUAGCUAUCUGCAUCAACAUAAAUGGACUGGAGAUGAUGAUAGCACUUGGGUUUCUGGCAGCAGCAAGUGUAAGAGUGUCCAACGAGCUGGGUAGGGGAGAUGCAAAAGCAGCCAAGUUUGCAACAAAGAUGGCUGUUUUCACAUCACUAUCAAUAGGAACAGUUCUCUUCUUCGUGUUCUUGUUUCUAAGAGGAAGGAUCUCAUACAUUUUCACUACAAGCGAAGCUGUCGCCGCGGAAGUUGCCGAUCUUUCACCUCUUUUAGCCUUUUCCAUCCUCAUGAACAGUGUUCAACCUGUUCUCUCUGGAGUUGCGGUUGGAGCGGGAUGGCAAGGAUAUGUUACUUACGUUAACCUUGCUUGCUACUACCUUGUUGGGAUUCCUAUUGGUGUGUUCCUUGGUUACGGUGUUGGUUUGCAAGUUAAAGGUGUAUGGAUCGGAAUGCUCUUUGGGAUAUUUGUUCAGACUUGCGUGCUUACCAUUAUGACUCUUAGAACAGAUUGGGAUCAACAGGUAUCUACGUCGUUGAGAAAUCUAAACCGGUGGGUUGUACCAGAAUCUAGAGAUGCAAAUCAAAUUUCAUCAGAGGAAAAUAAUACUCUUUUACGAUGAUUUGGUCAUGCUAGAAAUAUCAUCACUCUUGAUUCAAUGUAACUUGUUAGGUCUUGUUAUAAGAAGUAGUUGUGAAGAAUAUCAUAAUUCACUAGUUUAAGUUGAUUUGAUGUCUUCGUAGCUAACUUGUGAUAAGAUCUUAAUUUUUGUAUUAGCACUAGUGUUACAUUUAGCUAUGAUUCAAAGAUUAUUUAAGGUCUACAUAGUAACAAUUGAAUCCGUCUGAAAACUUUUGGACUAAUA